AUGUCACAACCAUCAACCAGUGCCGAACCUGGUAAUUUUCUAAAUCAAUUUUCCAUCCAUUAUUUUUCUGGAGACUGCGAACUCUGCUUGGUAUGCAACGAUCAGGCCUCAGGCUUCCACUAUGGUAUCCCAUCAUGUAAUGGAUGCAAAACCUUCUUUCGGCGCGCCAUCGUCCAAAAUCUCAAAUUCGAUUGCAAGCGUGGCGGCCAAUGCCGUGUCGACAAAAGUGAAAGAUGCGCAUGCCGUCAUUGCCGCUUGAAAAAGUGCAUUGAUAUGGGGAUGGAUCGCUACUUUAUCCAAAAUAGCCGAGAGCCGAUCGGAUACACCAAGCGAUCGAAAAAGAAGAAAGAAAAUAGUUUAGAUGGAUCGAGGCCCGGUACAUCAAAACAGGAUGGAUCACCGGGCUCCGAUUCAAACUGGAGCGAGCUUGAUAAUUUGCUGAUAUUGGAGAGAAAGCUACAAAUGGCUAGGUUAAAAAGUUACAAGAUUCCGGCCAGCCUGCGGGCGGGGCUUCUACAGCCGGAAGAUUUUGAUACAGAAUUGGAUGAUGUAGAUGAAAAAGAACGGCCAGGGACCUCCAAACGAAAGCCGCUCCCUGCUACAGGAACCGAAAUGUCGAAUAGAUUAGACACAGACUGUUAUUCAUUGUUAAAAUGGGCCCUCGGAAUGCCUGGGUUUAAAGACCUAACUUUUGAGCAGCAGGUGGGAUUGGUUCAUGCGGGUGUGAUCUAUCAGUUGGCGCUCAAUUGGACGUAUUAUUCGGAUCCAGAAUGGGAGAAUUGCAUAACCCUGCCAGAUGGCGUAUGGUUUGAUUGUGGGCAAGAUGAGAAAGACCCAGUCUUCGUGACGGAACGUCAACACUUAAUCAACGGAAUUCGUACCGAUAUUCAUGGAGCAGGUCUUGAUGAGAUGGAAUUUGUAGCAUUCAAAGCUUUGUUAUUUUAUGACCCAGCGUUGUCAGAAAUCGAUAAAAAGGCAAAAGAGAUGAUUGGAAAGCAUCAUCAGAAUAUUUCGGAUAGCUUACAUACCUAUUUAUCCUCGAAGCAUGGAGGGACGACUGAAGCGGGGCAAAGAUUUUGUGAAAUCCUAUUCCUCGGUCCCCGACUUGCAGCUGUUGAGACCGAAUUCCGUGAAGCCUGUUUUGCCGUCGACCUCUUUGGCCAGAUAAAAUUGUCUCCCUUUACCCGGGAGUUGCUGUUCAGGCCGCAA